ACGUGACGGAACUGAUACGCUGUUUUGUUUCGAAGAAGAAGUAUUUCGAAAUCAGUUUCAAUCAAUCCAAUUCUUUCUUGCAUUAAUCUUGUGAAGCUCAUCAUGAUCGCAUCGCAUAUUUAUUGUUUAACUGCGAUCCACUGUCAUUUUGUAUCUUGAAAAGAGUGCCAAACUGUUUAAAAAACCCCGAAAACGAAGCUGAUUUUUCGAAACAGAGGUUCCGGAGAGAAACCGUAUCGGAUUCAUUCGUUCACACGAGCCCAAAAGCGAUCCGAUAUGAUUCCAUUCCACAUUCACAGCUGAAUGAUCUGACUCCGCAAAAACGAUACAGAGCGUAUCGGAUUCAAGCGUCAUCGUGUGAACAGAAGGCCUAUCCGAUAACCGAUAUGAAAAGCGAUCCGAUACGAAAUGAAUCCGGUACAGUCUAAAAAUGCAUUAUGGGAUGCUUGCGUAGCGCAAGAAUAGUGGAAGCACUGGUGCCAACAAAACGAUUUCUUCGAAGAACAAGGAAAGAAUAAUGGCUUCCUCUGGCAACGGAGCUUUGGAAAAUUUGAAAGGCCUUAUCAAGGCAGUACCUGAUUUCCCAAAAGCUGGAAUAUUGUUCAGAGACAUAAUGCCGAUUUUCAAGAAUCAAGCAGCAGUUACAGAUAUGGUUGAGCUUAUGAUUGUCGUCAUCAAAGAGUCCUACUCAAAUGUGGACGUGAUAGCAGGCUUGGAUGCUCGCGGGUUCCUUGUAGCACCAUUAGUUGCUAACAAGUUAGGGAAACCUUUCGUGCCCGUAAGAAAGGCUGGAAAACUACCUGGCAAAACAAUUAGCAAAAAAUCUACAAAAGAAUACGGAGAGGACGUUUUGGAAAUUCAAGCUGAUGCAAUCAACCAGAAUGACAAAAUUGUUAUCAUUGACGAUUUGCUUGCCACUGGCGGUACAUUAGCAGCUGCUUGUGACCUUUUCAAAGAAGCUGGAGGAAACGUUAUCGGCAGCAUUUGCCUUGUUGAGCUUACAGAUUUGAAUGGAACGGAUAAAAUAAAAGAUAUUAACUUUACUUCAUUAAUCAAGUAUUAAAGUUUCUACUUUUUGUAUUGUUUCAAAGAUAACAAGAUGAAUACCCAAAUUUUUGAUUUUAAUCAUA